AUGAAGCGAAUCCGCCCCUCCUCCCUCCUCCGACGCCCAGUAAGGGUAUCACCAACAACCCUCCAACAUGUCCACCGCCGAACAGCCGCCUCCCUCUCCCAGCGCCCAGAUUCCACCCAUCUCAAGUUCCCCGGCGCGCUCACCUCCCCCUUCAGUAACACCAUGAAAUACGAGGUCCCCUCCAACUAUCCCGCCCUACCAACCUACCGCGCUAUCGAUCAGCAUGGUGUGGUGGUGGACCCCAACUUCGAGCCUGACAUGACAGAGGAGGAAGUCAUCAAGCACUACAAGGAUAUGCUGACGGUCAGCAUCAUGGACCUGAUCAUGUUUGACGCGCAGCGUCAAGGCCGACUCAGCUUUUAUAUGGUAUCAGCUGGAGAAGAGGCCGUUAGCGUCGCUACCGCUUCGGCGCUGACAAAGGACGACGUGGUCUUCUGCCAGUACAGAGAGCAGGGAGUGUUCAAGCAGAGGGGUUUCGAGCUGAGCGACUUUAUGAACCAGUUGUUUGCGAAUGUGAAGGAUCCCGGGAAGGGGAGGAAUAUGCCGGUGCAUUAUGGAAGUAGGGAGCUGAAUAUUCACACAAUCUCCUCCCCACUGGCGACACAACUACCCCAGGCCUCCGGCGCGGCCUACGCGCUCAAGAUCCAGAGGAUGCAGAACCCCGAGAUGCCCCCUCGGGUUGUGGCGGCUUACUUCGGCGAAGGGGCUGCUAGUGAGGGCGACUUCCACGCCGCGCUGAACAUUGCCGCGACGAGGUCGUGCCCGGUCAUCUUCAUCUGCCGCAAUAAUGGCUAUGCCAUCUCGACGCCGUCGUUGGAACAAUACCGGGGUGACGGCAUCGCUAGUCGCGGGUUGGGCUACGGCAUUGAGACCAUUCGCGUGGAUGGCAAUGACUUUUGGGCUGUCAGAGAGGCCACCAAGAAGGCAAGAGAGCUUGCGCUGCAGGAUGGCGGAAAGCCCGUGUUGAUUGAGGCCAUGACAUACCGGGUCAGUCACCACAGCACUUCGGAUGAUUCGUUUGCGUACCGGGCCAGAGUGGAGGUCGAGGACUGGAAGAGAAGAGAUAACCCCAUUGCCCGGUUGCGCAAGUGGAUGGAGUCCAAGGGGAUCUGGGACGAGCAAAAGGAGAAGGAAGCGAGAGACAGCAUCAGGAGGGAUGUACUCAAGGCUUUUGCGGAGGCAGAGAAGCUGAAGAAGCCAGCGAUCAAGAACAUGUUUGAGGAUGUGUAUGAGGAGCUGACACCUGAUUUGAAGGCGCAGAUGAGGGAGUUGAGCGAGCAUCUUGAUAGAUACCCAGAGGAGUAUGAUUUUGGGGAGUUUGAGGGAGGCAAGGCCAGUUUGGAGCAAUAG